AGUUAACAUGAGACCAUGCUAGCAGUGUUCAUAUUGCUUCAUUUGCAAAAAGCAUUGACAGCAGCUUUCGACAAUUACCCUCUGCAAGGAGAGAUUCUACGCUCCUUGGAUGAUUGGGAGCGAGCGUCCCUACGCGAUUUUGUGAGAGGCAAAGGUCGAGGCAGUGUUUCGAGAAUUCCCGUUGAACUGCUGAAUGAACCACCCCCUGCACUGGAUGCAAUGCAUGAAGAUAAUAUCGUUUCUCUGAUGACACCUCCAGAAUCUGCCAUACAUUACGAGCUUUACUUUGAGGACGACCGUUCCGUUGCUUCAGUGAUCUCACCCGCUUCUAAGGCCCAAAAAGGAAUCAAGACAUCCCUAGACGAACCUUCACAAGAAACCUUCAAGGAGUUGUCCGGCCUACUUCAAACGUUCAUUGAUCGCCGUAAACCCCUAGUCCAACGAGACACGACAGCAGUCACACUUGAGCAGAUUGUGAAUAAUGGACCAUGUGGAUAUCUACUCAAACAAAAUCAGUCACUCUUUGCAAGCAAUGGAAUUUGCUUGCUUUCUAAUGAAGAGAACAUUUUAUGCGGGAGGAAUCCGAAACCAAAAGUGACAAUACUUCGAAACGGUUCCGCUAAUCAAACCAAUGACGGAAGAUACAACUUUAUCGCAACUAUCACGUUAGUCCAAGAUAAUGGAAAGAAUAUACUUGUGGACACUGGCUUAGGUACAGAUAUCAAUGGAAGGACGCAGUUGAUGGAAGCACUGGAAAAGCAAAAUCUAGCUGCGCCAAGCAUACAUAUUGUUGUUACGACACAUGGCCAUCCCGACCACGCUGGUGGAGUGCAUGACUUCCCAGAUGCAAUCCAUUAUCAAGGAUGGUAUAUUCAUCAUCGAACUAUGUUCAACCUAAGCAACCUCUUUGAAAAUGAACGACAUACACUGACAGAUAACGUCCACUUGAUGAGAUCAACAGGGCAUUCCUCAGAUGAUGUAGCGGUGGUCGUCAUGGACGAACAAACAAUGGGAAAAGUGAUAAUUGCAGGUGAUACAUUCAUGAGACGUGAAGAUCUCGACUAUCCUAUGAUGUGGCAACCACUCAGUGCAAACGAAACUGAGCAGUCGAGAUCGAGAAGAAUUGUGAUUUGUGAGGCUGCAUGGAUUGUUCCUGGCCAUGGCGCACCAUUUCAAGUGACACGACAGAUGCGUGAACAGUUUCACUGCUAG